UGACAACCAGAGGGCGUUGUGGUAGAUUUUCCCGUAGAUUAUGAAAAACUCAAAAAGUCUAUGUGAACUUGAGAAUGGCCAAUUUAAAUCCAACUUUAGGAGACGCAAUGAUCCCGGUGAUGUGUAAAAAGUAGUAUGGCAUCGUCUUCAGUGAACGAAGAAGAGGGGACACGUCUCUCUGAGAAUAUUUUGAAGUUCUCAAGAGACUCCGUUCAAUUUGGGUUUUUGAGACUUGGAAAAUAUUGUAAUGCCAGUGACAGUUAUUCGUUUACGAAUGCAACGUGCAACAUUCGUUGUAUAAAGGACGAAAGAGACGGUGUUGCGUUAGUUAGAAACUUUGACGACGUGUUCAGUCGUGGAGUAGAAGUAUUGAAGAAGCUAAAGAGUGGGGAUGGGACUGCCUUGAAACAACACGACAAAAAUGCUGUUAAAAUUUUGAAUGCCUUUCUAAAAGAAAAAGAAUUACAUGAAAAAAGCCUGAAAAAAGUUUUGGAUCGGAAUCAGAGAGAUGGAGAGAGUUCCAGUCCAAAUAGUAGCAGAGAAAUUGAGAUGACAGUUGCACUUGCAGAACAUUUGCUAGGACAACUCUCACCAGGGCAGUUGUAUGUUAUUGACUCAAGUUUUAAAAGCAACGGAAAAUGUAGCUGUGGUGAGGAUCAUUGCAAAUCAAGUCCAAAAUAUGGAAGCAAUGGGAUAGGUCAUGAAGAAGUUUGGCAUGGGUCUGUUGACAUAAUUUUGGGGUCUGAUGAGGGCAUCACUCCAGAGAGCAGUAUAUCAUCAACAGUUGAAUUAGUCGUAACCACUGAAGAUGAAGAUGAAUAUGAAUCGGAUGAAGCCCAAUAUACAACACCAAUUAAGAAGAUAAAAGAUGACACCCAUUUGGAAGAUUCUGAUGUAUCACCUGGUGGAAGAAUGAAGCAGACGGCUAUAAGAGCGGUGAACCAAUCUGUGGCAGAAACAUUUGUCUUUGCAAUGAUUCAAGAAGCGUGUUAUCCAAAUUUUCAGAAUCAUUUAAUACCCAAUAUUGCGAUUGACUCUCAAAGUGGCCAUUUUAGAAUUUUGAUGUAUGAUGCAAAAAAUGAUGUUUUUCUCUGUAGUGUGCUGGUGCCAAUCUUUAAUGGCAGCCGUCUACACAUGACAUCUGUGAUCAUUCUUUGGAUGGUCCUCCAUUAUAGGAUAUUUUGUUCAGGAAUUCAGGAUGACCCAAAUAAGCUUAAGCAAGUUAAAUGCCAGUUCAAAGAAAAGGUUGCAGAAAAAUGGGAGAUCUAUUCAAGGUCAUUGAAGUUCUGUGUGAGUAGAUUUCCACCAGUAAAAAAAGAUUCAGAUUUCUUUCCUACAAAUGAGAUGUUAUAUUUUGGCUAUAAGUUUUAAGCACUAUUAUGCACUUGGAGCUAUUAUUUUGUUUAUUUUGUAAAGGCCAAGUAAUGCUUUUCAGAACAAAUAAUUUUUUGGUCA